UUCUAUCUCAGACCGCGCAACUGAAUGUAACAGGUUGCUUUAAAUAACAAUAGAUGACGUUCAUCUAUGUUUGUCGUCAUUAGUGUUUCCCGAAAAUUGUCUAGUUUUGUGAGCAUAAAUCAAAAAAUUUUGCAAUGCAAAUGUAUCAGUUCUUUUGGUGUGGUGUUGAAAUUGAUGAUUUUAUUUUUAAAGGCAACAACAUAUCCGGAUGGAAAGGUAUGCUUGUGGCAUGUAUAGGAACAGCUUUCUUGGCCUUUCUGCUUUUUACAGUAACAUUUUGUAAAGAAAUGUUCCAUUCCAGUCUCAGUGCCCAGCAGCAAGGCCAAGCCUUUGUAGGAGACAGACAAAUAUUCCAAGUAUGGACAUCUUCAUGGAAAACACAUGCAUUUCAAACAGUUACAAGUUUUGUCCAAAUAACAUUAGGCUAUUUCAUCAUGUUAAUUGUUAUGAGUUUCAAUGUUUACUUAGUUUUGGCAGUUCUGAUAGGGAGUACAUCUGGCUUUUUUGCAUUGAAUCCAUUGCUUUUAAAAAAGCGAAGCAUCAUUCAUCCACCUCAAAGACUUGCCCAGUAUCAGGCAGAAGAAUGUGGUUCUCUAAUUGAUGGUCAAGAACAGCUUGAAAUAAUAAGAGGUAGAGAUAAAAAAGGCAAUAAUGACCCAAGUGAACAGCUGAUUAUUUCAGCUAACAUUCAUCACCAUGCCAACUAGUUAAUUGUCAGUAAACCAGUUUCUAUGUUGAUAUAGUAAUAAGUGCUUAUUUUUGACACAAUACAACAUACAUUCAUUGUUUAAAAUUUAA